AUGGAUUUCAACUCUACCUCUCUCUUCGACGACCUCUCCCGCCUCGUCGAGAAGGAUGGCGCCGGAAAUGAUCUUGCUACUACCCACAUUUUGGCGUCUGCACUCAUGGCUAAGCUCAAGGCCCUGAAUCGCGCUGCCAAUCUCGCUACACGCCACACAAAAGACGCGACAGCCGCUGCUCGCCAUGACAUGGACCAGUCUCAUCUUGGCCUGCAGAAUCUCCUCUAUGAAAAGCGGCACCUGGAGAGGGAGAUUGAAAAGUGUCGACAGUUUGCCUCAAUAUAUCAGGACGUCUCACUUUAUUCCCUUGAAGAAUUCAAAGAACGUGCCCCGGAGGAAGCGAAGACGGAGGAAGUGCUGGCAGACGAGCAUCAACUGAUGCUGAACCGGUUGAGUUUUGAACUCGUUGAGCGGCAGAGACUUGAUCAGCGGAAACGAGAUCUCAUGCUCGCAAAGGAAGAGUUGCUGAAAGAAAGCAAGCAGAAACAAGUCACCAUGGACAACAUCAAAACUCAAAUCGAUAACCUUGUCAAGGUGGCAAUGGAGACGCAGAAGAAGGUUGAAGAGCUUGCUCAAUCAAUACCUAAUCCCUCAAACACGCAUACACCCAGUUGA